AUGAAUCGGGGCAGCCCAAGUGACACGACCACCAUGGAGGAACAACCAAACAACUGUGAACUUUCGGUGAAAGAGAGAAAUUGUGUUCAAAAAAACUCGCUACUUAGACAAACGAAUCAAAAGAUAAGUGCUUCUAUACAGAGUGAACACAAUCGAUUUGAAAGAAAAAUGGACUUGGAGGCUCAAAAGUUACGGAAAAAACUCACGAUGAUGAUUCAAAUUGCUAAACCAGUCACGAACAAAGAUGCAGGAUCAUGCAGCCCUAGCAAAACAGAAGAUUCGGUUGACGCUUCUAGCAAACUUAGGUUGCCAGCCAUAAAAACUGAGAUCAAAUCAGCACCAUGUUCUCCAAUUUUAGGCCAUCGAAAGACAACUUUUUCUUGGGAAAAUGUCAGUUUAUCGCCACACUCCGGUUCGAAUCCGUCGCCGAUUCCUCGUCGGUGCUCAUACAACGAAAUCUUCCCUUCACCUCAAGGUUCACCCAUUUUAACUCGGCAAUCGAGUAAUUCUUUUUUGAAUCGAGAUCGUCCGUCAGAGUUGAUACAACUGUCGCCUCGCUCACCAGGAUUGGAAGAAAAUAACGGUAAGCUAUCACCAUCUUUGUUGCCAAGAAAUCUCAAGUUGAGAGAACAAGCUCGUCGCGAUAGCCUUCUAAAGGCGACGCCGGGGAUGCAAUCAACUCAAGGUCCAUCACUAGAGGACCAAUUCAGAUCACUUGGAUCGUGUCGGUAUCUGCGUCGAGCUACUGUAGGUCAUGUAAAAGUCACAAUAGAUGAUGAAGAAAAGAAUACUGAACAUGGUCGAGAAAAUACCGUGGAAUUUAGUUAA